UUAUAAUUUAAAGUUAAAAUACAGUUUCUCUCAUUAAACCUGUUACAGUCGGAUUUAUAUCGUUAUUUUGGUUGUAGAACUGAAGUUGAACAUCAAGCGUCACCUAUUAUUUCGUAACACAAAGCAUUCUAAUCACAGAGGACAGAACUUCGCUGUUGUUUUGCAAAUUCAACUGUGACCAUUAAAGUUACCGGGAAUGAGAGCAGGUUUGCAUAUGACCGCCGCUCAUACACACUCAGAUACACCCAAUGUGUUCCCUGAGCGGGGAAUGAGUGCUGUCUCUACCAACUGCGCGUUUAAUUAGCACAUUCCUUCUGCAAUUGAAGUCGAUGUACGCCUCUGGGCACAACAACACUCACUAAAGUGCUUGACUUCACUCCUGUCAGAGGAAGGCACGAUGGGAUGCGCUUCUAGCACUCAGACCACAGCUCAAGACACAACACGACCCGACACCAAACAAGAUGGAAACACAUCAGGAACAAAUAAUGAAAACGGUGGUCCUGCAGCAGACAGCGAGACGGUUCCAGACCAGACCCAGGCCGAGGGAUCUCCUCAGACAUCCAGUGCAGCUCUUGUCGCCUCGGAGGAAAUACAGAGCUCUGCGGCUGCUGUAGCUCACAGUGAACCGGAAGCAGCUGCAUCUGACCAGCCUGCCGAACCCGAAUCAAACCCCUCCACGACAGCUGACAAUACUGAAGAACCAGCACCAAGUGAAAACACAACUGAGGCCCAGGCUGAAUCUUCCCCACCGGAGGAAGCACCUGCCUCUGGUGGAGAGGGUUAAGUGCGCAUCAUUUAGCACAGUUACUACAGAAUCCAGAGUCAACCACCUAUUUUCAAUAAAAUCCAGAUUCAAAUGAAUGGUUUAAAAAUCCAGUGGGACAUUAGUUUAUUUAUUAUAGAGAUAUUGCUUAUUUGUUGCCAACAUAUAGACCAGCUGGUCUUCAGAGACUCCGUGCCUGUCUUCGUAUACACAGAAUACAACAUCCCACUCCAGUUCUGGUUUAGUGAAUUAUAAUUGCUAGAGAUUUCCUUCAUCGAGAUUUAAUAUUGGUGCCUAUUUAAGUGGCUUUACCCCUUUAUGAAAAAUGCAAAAAGCCAAAGAGGAUAAUAAAAUUGUGGAAUGCUAUUUAUAUAAUUAUGUCAUAUUUUAACAAAUGGAAAUAAAUUGUUAUAUACAUUUAAAAUGACAAAGGACUUACUAUUUGAAAAACAGGCUUUUUUUUUUAGGUUUUAUUUAAUGUAUGCUAAUGUUUUCCUGCUACAAGCACAACAGAUUGAACUCACCAAAUGGAAGAAAUGUUGUUUUUGUGGUGUGGUUUGAUUUAAU